GCUUAACCAGCUUAGGUCCCAUUGUUAUGCGUCGUAAUUCGGUGAAAGGUAUGUCGCAGCAAGGAUGUGCGAGUUCAGAUCGCAACCGUCUAAAGCUCUCGGAAAGUAGGUAGGUACUCUUGUAUGUCGUCAAAAUUAAGCGCGGUGAGAGGACAGGAGGUCUUCAAGGGCAGCACCUUUGCUCGAGUUUGUUAUUGUGCAAGAGGACAUUGCUCAGGGCGACGCUUGCACGGAGCGCCAGUGAUUGUUCGACAAAGUCAAGCCCUCGCUUUCACCCUUGCGCGGUCGACUUUCAUUGUGUAUUUAAACUCUCUCCCCUGCUGCCACCAACUCAUCUUCUCACCUCUACCACUAUUGGUAAUCGCGUUGGUCAGGUCAACACCACUACCAGUACAAGGUCAAUAUCAACAACAAGUUUACAUCUCCACUACCUCCAACAAACAACAACAACCAAUCAUACCCAAUCACAACCACAAUCAGAUCAGCGUGUCUUCCGCCCGCCCCGGACCCCGUCCUUCCAUGAUGAGCGACCUGCCCAACAAGUGGCUCUGGUGUGACGACAACGCAAAGGUCAACCGCUGGUUCCAGCACGAAGUCAACCGUCACCGCUACCGCGUCUUCUACUCGUUCUUCAUCAACGCCUGUGACCGAGUCUGAGUCAUCUCUGUCGACAACAACAGCACCCACAAGCUGCAACCCCUUGCGCACCUCAUGAUCGAUUGUCUUCUCGAGGAGCGCAUCCCCGCCGACAUGCUCAUCGACGUGCUGCAGAAG